UAACAUACUUCAACACCUCAAACUAAGGCAGGUGACCAUAGACCCGACCCAGCUGGAGUAGUUCUGGGUCUCAAUCUAUGCUAACAUGCGAGAAAACAUACCGCUUAUGGAGGUGACAUUCGCAGAAGGGAGACAGUUUACAAACAGACUACGAGUGCUCAGCCUUGACAACGUUACUUUAAAUGAAACACUUAAUAUACAGCAGUGUGAUAAACUACAAAAACUAUGGCUGGACACGUUAACAUUUUCUGACGACUUCCGCCUGGACGUGUCCUCAUUCACGCACCUUUCUAAUGUAGUACUUCAACACCUCAAACUAAGGCAGGUGACCAUAGACCCGACCCAGCUGGAGCAGUUCUGGGUCUCAAUCUAUGCUAACAUGCGAGAGAACAUACCGCUUAUGGAGGUGACAUUCGCAGAAGGGAGACAGUUUACAAACAGACUACGAGUGCUCAGCCUUGACAACGUUACUUUAAAUGAAACACUUAAUAUACAGCAAUGUGAUAAACUACAAGAACUACAGUUAAACACAUUAACAUUUUCUGACAACUUUCACCUGGACUUGUCGUCCUUUACGGCACUCACUAUGCUAUCACUGACUAACCACCGCCGCCAGCAUGAGACUUUUCUCACGGUCCCGCGGAAGGAGUUCUGGGUCUCCAUCAAGAAAUACAUGCGAGAGAAUAUACCGCCCACGGAAGUGAUAUUCACACAAAAGGGCCAGUUCACAAACAAACUUCGAGAGCUCCGUCUAUACAACGCUACUUUAAAUGAGAACCUUAAUAUUCAGCAGUGCGAUAAACUACAGCAACUACGAUUGGGCAAAUUUUUAUAUCCUGAGGACGGCAACCAGGACCUUUCCUUCUCCUGUACGGACCUCACUGUGGUAACACUACAGAACCUCAGCCUCCAUCAUUUGAUCAUCAUCCCGACCCAGCUCGAGAAAUCAUGGGUGCUUGUCAGCAAUAACCUUUCGAAGAUGAUACCGCACAUUCAAGAAGCAUUACAGAGCGACGGACAAAUUACAAAUAUAUCUCAAAUAUAUCGCUCGGAGGGAUUCGCGUAUAUUAGCUAAGUUAUUCAAAUGAACACAAGUUUGUUACUACAUAAGUUGACUCUCAGUUUUAUUUGAAACGUGUUGAAAUUGGAAAAGUAGGAGAGUUAUUUAAAAUGUUAGAUUGUACGAGGGGUGAUAGGGAAGUUCGUAGCCUGUUCGUAUAACUUUAUUAUUAUUUUUAUAACCGUGCAGUUGAGAUACAAAAACAUUUUGUAUUUUUUGCUGAAUUAUCAGUGUCCAUAGAAACGCGCACCCGGAGUACGUAAAAGUUUUGCACUUUUAAACAUUUAUUAAAUUUAUUACUACCGCAUUUGAAUGCGUUUUCUUUUACGUACGACUGCGCGAAAUCGUCUACUGUCCAACGUUUAUGAUGUCAUUUCCUGAAAUUGUGACGUUUGUUAUUGUUUCCUUUUGAAAGAAAUAAGCAUUUUAACGGCGUUGUCACUUACCAUAUUUUCAAAACCAUGACGUCAACGGGCGACGUCGUGUUAAGAGCAGCCAUUAAAUUUUGCGUGGGAUUAGACAAGACACAAAGUGAAAGUUUGAAGAUGUUACAUUCCUAAUACGACCAAUAAAUGCAGUAGGGCGCUUGUCUUUAAGUGGCACCGACGGUUUCGGGAAGGAAGGUGCUCUAUAGAAGACGAUCAACGAUGUGGCCGGCCGUCUAAGCUGAAAUAUUCGAUUUCAGAUUAACUGAAAGAUAUGGUGUACAGUGACAGGCGACACACUUGGAGAAGAGUUAGCUUCUGAACUAGAUAUAAACUGAAAGAUAUGGUGUACAGUGACAGGCGACACACUUGGAGAAGAGUUAGCUUCUGAACUAGAUAUUUCCACUUCUACAGUGCAUGAAAUUUUGAACACAGAAUUAGGCAUGUUUAAAGUGUGCGCGCGCUGGGCGCUGAGACUCCUUCAAGAUCACGAGCGGGCAACAAGGGUUUACUGUUCGCAAGAGUUCGUCCGCCCGUAUGAGCAUGAAGGCGAAGAAUUUCUCGACCGCAUAGUUACAAACCGACGAAACUUGGUUAUGGCACUUCGACCCGAAGACGAAAGCCCAGUCAUGUAUAUGGAAAACCCCGGGGACCCCUCCCCAUGCUCCUAUUGCACCAGAUUCCCGAUGGCCAGACAGGGACCGCUAGUUAUUAUUUGAAGAUUCUCAGGCGUGACUUGAUGCAUUCAUUGAAGAAGAAACCCCCCAAUCUCGACCCCGAGCGCAUAAUAUUCUAACACUCAAGGACACAGAGCUGACUCAACCCUCCUUGAAAUCAACUUGCUUGGUUUAGAAAUUCUUCAGCAUCCACCCUACAGCCCCCAUGGAUUUCAGAGUUUUCCCGGAAACUAUGGCAGCGUAACGAGGCGUGCGGUUUGAUGACGCCAGUGAGCUUCGUAUGUGUACGCAAAAUGUUGUUUCGUCAUACGACAGUGAAUGGUUCAGCUAUACCUACACUAUAUGGUUACAGAGACAUAGAAAAUGCAUUCAAAUCCGCGUUGAUUACGUUGAAAAAAAACGUGACUGAAUCUCUGACGUUAUCAUGACGUCGCUUGUUGUACUCUGGCGUGCUCCGGGUACGCCGUACAGUGUUAUUGUUAUUUACUGUAACUUUUUUUAUUUUUCUAUGUAUUAACCUUAUAUUUAUACAUCGUGGACACAAUAUACAUUAACCUUUAAAUUAUAUAUUCUUUCCAAGUAUAUAGUAAUUUAUUUUAUUUUUCGAGCAAUAGUCUACGAACUUCCCGAUCACCCUCGUAUACUAUAGAUAUUGCUAAUAGUACGAUUCAAUCUUGUAAAAUGUUUUAGUUCAUUUUUUUUUAAUAUAACAUGUAUUCAGAAAUUGUACAAAGACACAUAAUAUAUUGUAAAAACCACUGAACACUUAUGCCAAGAUAUGUUAAUAUAGUUAAAUGAACUCGCUGUAUUUGUAUAUAGAGCUUUUAAAGAUGCACUCUUACUCCCAAACAAGAUGUACCACAAUUAAUGCAAUAGUUUUAAUUUACCCAAAAGUAUUGAUAAAUAUCGACAACAAUGGUUCUUAUGAAGGAUGCUGUGUUUAAUUUGAAAGAAAGGUGCAGAAAACACGGUAUUUCUACCAUUUGAGAUGAUAGUUGAUCACUGUAAAUCAUUUAGCACUCACCAAUCAUUUAAUAUUUGUGCGUUUUCAGCUAUUAAAUACACGGUUACAAUUACAUUAUCAGUAAUUAAUAUUUUCCACAAAUGCAUUAUUUAAUAAGUAUUUAAAGGUUUAACACUCAAAUUUUAUGUUUGUUGGACAUGUGUAUGUAAAAUAUUUUAAUAAAGAGUGUCACUUUAAUAAAUUAGAAAACAAUUUACUAUGUCGCUUAAAACAUGUUUGUGGACUGUAUUUUUCUCGGAAUUACAUAACUGGUUACAAUGUUAAAUAUAUCCCAAAUCUAAAGAGGUCAUGCAUGUGUUUGGAAAAAAUAACACAAUAACUAUUGACAUAUUAUAGUCUGUUUUACAUACAUGUAUUUUGUUUAGAACCUAAUCGAUUGAUAUUUUAAUUUCAAUAUGCCAUAAUUUGUGCUCAAAUGCUGUACACACCCAGUGAUGCUGUAUGCUCUUUCAUUACAUGUACUCUGAGAUCGCCAUGUAUUUGUGAGGAUGUAUUAUUUCUAGUCAAUGAUCAAGGGCCAUUUUAACCAAUUUCAAUGUAUUAAUUAGGUUGAAUAUUUGAACUGGAAGACAAUUAUGUUUUAUUUAUGUUCUGUUGAUAAUCUUACAUAUGCAUGUAUUACAUUAAAGUUUUGUGUACACACUAUUUACAGUUGCCAUAAAGAGUAAUAGAAGUUAUCGCUCUUUAAGAUGUAUGUUAAGUUUGUAUUUUAAGAUACAUUCAAUGAACUAUAAUUGUAAAAUAUGUUGAGACCAGUUUUGCAUUUCAUGAAAUUAAUAUAGAGUGUUGUAUAUUAUACAAUUCAUUAUGAGAAUAUGUUUAAUAUGUUAACAUUAUCUGCAAUAAAGAUAUGAAAUAUC